CCAUGGAAACGAAAAGGAAGUUUAGUGCCCGGAUAGCUCAAACCACCUACGGAUUAAAUUAUCGGAGAUAAUUAAGAAUUUGUACAUUACGUCGGGUGAAACUUAUAACUCACCGUAGCAUUUUUCAUAUAUCUACUCAGAUAAGAACUGACUGUCUUUUUAAAAAACGUGUAUUGGUUGCGUAAUUUAGCUUUGCCAGGGCUUCUUCAGUCGAAGUUAGCUUAGUAAGCUAACGUCAAUGCUCUGCGAGGGGACAUGUUCAAAACAAAAAUACUCUUUAUUGGCCCCAACGAGAGUGGGAAAACAGUCCUUGCUAAUUUUCUCUCAGACACAGUAGAACAUGUGGAAGGUGAAUACAGACCAACACGAGGAGUGAGGAUACUGGAAUUUGAAUCGCAACCAUGUGACGUUGAACUUUGGGACUGUUCAGGAGAUUUUAAAUUUGAAUCAUGCUGGCCUGCAAUGAUAACGGACUCCAGCGGUGUGGUUAUCAUUUUCAACCCUGAUGUUCCCAGUCACCUCAAAGAAAUAGAGACGUGGUAUUCGAUGUUCAUCUCCUCUCAGGGUCUGCAGGACAAACAGUGUUUGCUCAUAGCUCAUCACAAGCCCGGCAGUACAGUGGAAGAUGGACGGCUGCCUUUAGCCUCACAUUUGGGCCGACUGGCGCUUAUUCACUCAAACCUGGAGGAAAAAUCAGAAGAUGUGAGGCAAGCUUUCUCCGCAUACUUGGGAAAUAUUGUAAAUGCAAUGUCAGAAAGUCGUGAGCGAGAGGAGAUGUCCAUCAUUACAUAGCAGCAAUAACUGUAAAAUAUGCAGCUUAACCAGAAUACUUUUUUCUGCACCAAUAAUCUCUGUCUAAGUCACAUAAAUGAGCCCAUCACAUUUUGAAUUUUAUAUUUUUGCUUGUCAUGAAACUUCCACCCUGUAAACGCUUUACCUAUACUG